AUGUCGACCCCGUCCAAGCGCAGGCUUAUUCGCGACUUUAAGCGCCUUUCGUCGGACCCGCCCGGUGGUAUCUCAGGAGCACCAUGUGCUGAUAACCUUUUAGUCUGGAACGCUGUGAUUUUCGGACCAGCUGAUACGCCUUUUGAGGAUGGCACCUUUAAAUUGCUACUUACAUUCGAUGAAUCAUACCCCAAUAAACCUCCUACGGUAAAGUUUCUAAGCAAAAUGUUCCAUCCCAAUGUGUAUGCGAAUGGAGAGUUGUGCCUUGAUAUCCUGCAAAAUCGUUGGAGCCCUACAUAUGAUGUGGCUGCCAUUCUUACGAGUAUUCAGAGUCUUCUUCAUGAUCCCAACCCUAACAGUCCGGCCAAUGCGGAGGCGGCCUCACUCUAUCGCGAAAAUAUGAAAGAAUACGUCCGCCGCGUGAAGCUCACGGUAGAGCAAAGCUGGCUGGAUGAGACGGAUGAUGUAAAAGAGUCUACAGAGUAG